AACUACCAGUUAGACGGGCCGAACCAUUUCGCGUCCUGGGCUUCAGGAUCGAUCCACACUUCACUCACUACAUCGUGGCUUGGUCAGAGUCCAGUCCACACAAUUUCCCCUUCCCCUUCCCCGCACGAGACUGAGAUGACGGCCAGCCGCCGCCUCCUCCCGCCGUCGCCGGCGGCGCCCCUGUCGCCGCUGGAAGUGGAGGAUCUGCUCAUCGAGAUCCUCCUCCGCCUCUCUCCGCUGCCCUCGUCUCUCCCCCGCGCCUCCGCCGUCUGCAAGCGCUGGCGCCACCUCAUCUCCGACCCGGACUUCCUCGUCCGCUUCCGCCUCCACCACCGCCCCAACCCUCCCCUCCUCGGUUUCUUCGUCACGGAUUGGAUGCGCUGCCUCAUCGGCUUCCUGCCUCUUGUGCGCCCCGGCGUCCCCGAUCUCGUCCGCACCAAUUGCUUCUGCCAGAACCACCAGAUCCUCAGCUGCCGCCAUGGCCUCCUACUCAUCUUCCUCGUCAAGGAGUCCCAGUUCCAGGUGUGGGACCCCGUCACCGGCGUCCGCCACUUGAUCGACCCCCCUCCAGCACAGAGUCUGCCAGCUUGGGUCAACGGAGAGGUGCUUCGAGAUGCGAGAGACGAUGACCAUUUCAAGAUUGUUCUGGCGGAUGUUGAGGGUCCGCGAGCAAUCGCCUGCGUCUACUCGUCGGAGACCAGCAAGUGGGGUGAUCUCGUCUCAGCGGUUCUUCCACCCAGGGCUUCCAUCGGCGGCCCUCCUGCCAUGAAGUUCUCCAGGAUGAAUGCCCUGCUUGUUGAAAAAUCUCUUUAUUGGCUUCUCUUUGACGUGCCGACGAACUUUAGUGAGGCCUUCAGGGGCGUUCUUUGUGCAAGUAGCAUCCUUGAAUUUGAUGUGGAGAGGCAGAGCCUAAGCGUGGAUCGUGUGCCAGCAAACCUACACCACCCCAAAGACCAUGAGAUUUCCGUGAUCAAAGAAAGGGGUGUUGGACUUUGUUUACUCAUCGUGUGAGGCUGCCAUGUACACAUAUGGAAGAGGAAGCGCGAGCACAAUGGUGGUACGUCAUGGGUGCUGGGAAUAACUACCAAGUUGCGCCAUCUUCUCUCCCCGGAUCCACAGAACAAUGGUGGUACGUCAUGGGUGCUGGGAAGAACUAUCAAGCUGCGCCAUCUUCUCUCCCCGGAUCCACAGAACCACGCGGGGCAGAUAUCCAUCAAUGCUUUUGCCGAGUACAAUCAUGUGGUGCUCCUGUCUACAUCUAUCUACUACUACACGGUCGAGCUUGAGUCAUUGGAGGUCAGGAGAUUUCAAUGUAGAGGCUCUCGUUAUCAUCCAUUCGAAAGUGUCUACACUACAGGUAAUGGCGGUUGGCCAGAUGCUGCUGAUCUCCAUAGCAUGCUUAAGAGGAUGGUCCGUUAGAUAGAUGAUGUCCUUGGUUGAGCAGGUUUCGUUUUGGUCGCUGGAGUUGAAGAAACGGGCCACUGAUGACUAUGCUACUAAUUUCCUAUUGUCGUUCUCUGCUGAUAAACAUUCUGGCAUGAAGGUUUAAGGCACACCGGGUUGUUUCCAUAAAUCAGUACUUACAAUGCGCUGGGCUCGCUUGUCGAUUGAUCUUGCUUGCAAUUUAGUGUGGGCGCAUCUGCUGGUGGGUUUGAUUAC